GAAGCUUCCAGAAUGCGAUUCUUUCUGAUUAUUACUGCUCUUUAUGUGCUCUUCGGCACCAAUUUUGCCAUGAGUAUUCCAAAUUUCCACCCGAAUGAAUUUGAAAGUGCUCAGACCACUCCGUCAUGUCACGAUAAUAUUGACUGCCAUCUCUGGGCAGGACGUGGCUUCUGUGCGGAUCCACGAAUCACAAAGGAACAGAAGAAGGAGUAUUGCGCAAAAACUUGUGGAUUGUGUUAAUUGUUGUGUCGAUAUGUGAUUGAUUGAAUGAACAUAUAGUAAAUGUUU